AUGGACGCGCUGACUAUACUAACAUUAACCAUUGGUGUCGGCAUCGGAUCGGUUUCAUUCGCCUCUAACUCAUGGAUCCUGGCAGUGAACAUGAAGGACUAUUGCGCAGGUAUCAGACUGAAUCCAUGUGACCGGAUCAUGACUUUUAUAGGGUUAACUAACCUAAUGAUGCAAACGGCACUGACUUCAGGCUCUUUGUUUAACGCAUUUGAUUGUCAUAUGAUGUAUAUUGGAGAACUCCAUUUAUUGGUCGUUCAGUGUCUGAUAUUUCUAAGCCGCUUUAAUCUCUGGCUCACUAUCUGGCUUUCAGUUUAUUAUUGCUUGAAAAUUGUCAAUUUUGCCCAUGGUGUAUUAUUUAUUUUGAAGACAAGGAUAUCAGGUUUGAUGCCCAAGCUUCUGAUCUUCUCAUUUGUUGAAUCCUUGGUAAUCACGAUUCCGAGUUAUUGGAGUGUGACUCAUGAUAACUCUCUGGGAUUUUUAGAAAAUGCUACAUGCGCGUGGCAGGAUUGUUAUUGUACAAUGAGUGUUGAAUUUGGUUAUUGGUUUUUCAUAUUGUUCAUGAGCAUUGUGUCCCUAGCGUUUACCCUAAUCCCUUUUGGGGUGACCGUGCACUCACUCUGGAAGCACACAAAGAAGAUGAUGGAGAAUGAGUUCAGUUGCAUACAGAUCCAAGCCCACGUCACGGCGUCCAGAACCAUAUCCCUGCUGUCGUUACUCUUUGUCACCUUCUAUGCCGCAUUGAUUACUGUGAUUCUACAGUCAUAUAAUUUUAAAACUCCUUCGGGAUAUUCCAGUGUUUACUUUAUGCUGUUUUAUCCCACUUUCCAAGCCAUUGUAAUCAUCACGGGGAACUCUAAACUAAGGAAAGCUGGAAAACUUCUCAAGAACCAGUUUGGCGUCUGCCUGAGAGGAGACUCACAUGGGGGUAAAUGA